AUUGGGAGGGGCAGGGUCUCUGGGAAUCACCAGGGUAGAGCAAACAGCAAUGGCUUCCCUGAACAGAGAAGUCCCGCGCACCGGUUCAGGAACAAUGAUUGCUUCGAGCACCUCUAAGACUCCAGUGUGCUGCUCUGCUCGUUACAACUUAGCAGUUUUGGCCUUUUUUGGUUUCUUCAUUCUGUAUGCAUUACGUGUGAAUCUGAGUGUCGCAUUAGUGGAUAUGGUUGAUUCAAAUACAACUUUGGCAAAUAAUAGAACUUCUAAGGAGUGUGCAGAGCAUUCUGCUUCCAUGAAAGUUACUCAUAAUCACACAGGUAAAAGGUACAAAUGGGAUGCAGAAACUCAAGGAUGGAUUCUUGGUUCUUUUUUUUAUGGCUACAUCAUCACACAGAUUCCUGGAGGAUAUGUUGCCAGCAAAGUGGGGGGGAAACUGCUGCUAGGAUUUGGGAUCCUUGGCACUGCUGUCUUCACCCUGUUUACGCCCAUUGCUGCAGAUAUCGGAGUUGGAGCUCUCAUUGCACUCAGAGCACUGGAAGGACUAGGAGAGGGUGUUACAUUUCCGGCCAUGCAUGCCAUGUGGUCUUCUUGGGCUCCCCCUCUUGAAAGAAGCAAGCUUCUUAGCAUUUCAUAUGCAGGAGCGCAGCUUGGGACAGUAAUUUCUCUCCCUCUUUCUGGAAUAAUUUGCGUCUAUAUGGAUUGGACUUAUGUCUUCUACCUUUUUGGUAUUGUUGGAAUCAUUUGGUUUGUUUUAUGGAUCUGGUUAGUUAGUAAUACACCAGAAACUCACAAGACAAUCUCUCACCAGGAAAAGGAAUACAUUCUUUCAUCGUUAAAAAAUCAGCUUUCUUCACAGAAGUCAGUGCCAUGGAUACCCAUGCUAAAAUCCCUGCCACUUUGGGCCAUUGUCGUUGCACACUUUUCUUAUAACUGGACUUUUUAUACCUUGUUGACAUUAUUGCCUACUUAUAUGAAGGAGAUCCUAAGGUUCAAUGUUCAAGAGAAUGGAAUUUUAUCUGCAGUGCCUUAUUUUGGCUGUUGGUUAUGUAUGCUCAUGUCCGGUCAAGCUGCUGACCAUUUAAGGGCAAAAUGGAAUUUUUCAACCGUAUGUGUUCGAAAAUUUUUUAGCCUUAUAGGAAUGAUUGGACCUGCAGUAUUCCUGGUAGCUGCUGGAUUUAUAGGUUGUGAUUACUCUUUGGCUGUUGCAUUCCUAACCAUAUCAACAACCCUGGGAGGCUUUUGUUCUUCUGGAUUUAGCAUCAACCACCUGGAUAUUGCUCCUUCGUAUGCUGGCAUCCUCCUAGGCAUCACAAAUUCGUUUGCCACUAUUCCAGGAAUGAUUGGGCCUGUCAUUGCUAAAAGUCUGACCCCUGAGAACACUAUUAGGGAAUGGCAAACUGUUUUCUGGAUCGCUGCUGCUAUUAAUGUAUUUGGUGCCAUUUUCUUCACACUCUUCGGUAAAGGUGAAGUGCAAAACUGGGCCCUUGAUGAUCACCAUGGACACAGAAACUGAAGGAACCAAUAAAUAAUUCUGUCUCUACUCAUGUAUUUUUGCUUAUCAUGUAACCUAAAAGUGCCUUUGAUAUUUUAAUAUGUAAGCAUUCUAUAUACAAGAAAAAAAAUUGUAUGUGUAUUAAAUUUUUAAGGCUUGUAAUCAUGAAAUGUCAUUAGUGGCCAGAUUAGUAAAAUUAGCUAUUUUUAAUUAUUAAUAACAUAUAUGCUGGAAUUCAUACUUAAGGGUCACAUACCUGGCUGCAAGUCAGCAAUAUGAAGUAGGGGAGUUCUAUUGAAUGAGCUGAAGUGGACUCUUCUAUGCCUUUGCUUAAUUAAACUAGAUUAAUAAGUCUCAGGUCUUGGUAAACACCUAUUUUUACCCACUUUCUUCAUAAAAAUUAUUUGUCAUCAGCAAUCCCUGACACUUAGGUUUCAAAGUUUAGCAUCUCCAUGGCGCUGCCGGCCAUUCUCUAAUUCGGAUCGGCAGCUGGGCUGAGGGAAGCAUGCCCAGGCAGCUGCCACGCAGUCCCUUCCUGGCUUCAGGGACAGUGCCCAGCAUUUAUCAGAGGCGGCAGCUAAGCCCAGGCUCAGGGCCAAGUCUCUGGAUGGUGUUCUUCCCCUGGGGGCUGUUAAGGUGCAGAUACAACCCCGAGGAGGCAGGAGCAUUGAGAUCGCAGCCAUGGCUCUGAAAAAUCCUCAAACUUUCCCCUCCCAGGAAUAUUGAUUGGCAUGUAACCUGUGAGAGUAAAGUGUGAUGGCCAAUUAACCACUAACACCAUCAUCCUUGAUUAAAACUACCUUUGAGUAGAUCGGACUAUAAAUUCCAAGUCCUGUGUUCUAUGAGCUACGCCAGCUAUUUGUCCAAAUGUAAGACCCUGGUUGCAGUUUAAGGUUUAAGUGACUUUUAAAGGCCACGUCUCCUGAGACCAGUUAUAAUGUAAAGGUGAAAAUCAUCUUCCUGCUGAUUCCUAAAUCAUAUUUCCAUUUUUUCCUAGACCAUCUUCCAAUGGGUUUUGAACAUACUUUGAGGGCUUUUAUGUGAUUAGAACUUGGUUUAUGUUAUAUGUUUGUUCAACACUACCUGUAACAUUUUAAUAAAACUGCUUAAUGUAAUAUGAUGUGAAUAAUUUCUGUAAAUUUAUUUUUAAAUCUGUAAAUAGCUUUAAGUUGCAGUGGUGAUAUUUCUUUUAUAAAUCAUCAAAAUAAACCUUUUUGAAUUGCU